AUGUUGUCUCUACUCUCAAAGCUCGCUCCAACCAUCCCGCCAUCGCAAUCACCAUCGCCAUCACCGUCGCGAUACCGAUUCCCAAGAUCCCUCUCUACUUUAACUCUCCUCCUCUCCUGCCUUGCUGCCUUUCUCUGUCCUAUAACCGCUCAAUCCACAAACACUAUUUCCCUCUCGUUUUUGGACAAAAUUGGCGCACAGCUAGGACAGCCGCAAACCAUCACACUCGCCUCAUGUGUCGCCCUUGACACCUCAUCUUUCCUUGGUAGUCCUACCCAGGGCAACUAUGCCUCUGUGUCCGCGUCCGAUCCCUAUGCAGCAAUGAACCUCUACAUUGACCCCUACUGUCAGGUGCUCGCUUCCAGUGCAGUCGGUAUGUGGAACAACACCACCCCGGUAGCCAACGUUGCAGGUAUUCGCUGGGAAGGCACCGCGCCCUCCACAGACCCGCCUGGCACACUGAGACGCACAGGUUUUCCGCCAGGAACGGCGGAGCAGGCACCAGUGAGUACUCAUCACAGUUCAGGCAAGGCCGAUCAGUUUGUGAUGGACCCUUCGAAGGGCAAAGUCGUCGUCGCACUAGUCUCGGUCGUGUUAGUAGUCGGUAUCGUCAUUGGCCUGUGCCUGGUCUACAGGGCUGCACAGUAUGUUCCCCCACCCAAGGAAUACAGUGCCGCACCCCUUUCUGGUGCUCUCCUCGGGGAGAAGAAAGUCAAGAGGAAACAGGCUUAUUACAAGAAACCGUCAAAGGAAGAUCAGACUUUGCUCGCUAAUGAAUCCAUGGUAGAGAAUCGUGGCCGGUCAAGGCUAUCGGUUCAACAACAGCAAAGGCGCUCCAGAGGAGAACUUCCGUACACGGGUUCGGUCCUGAUUGAUAUCAUACAGGGCGAUAUGUAUCGUCCGUGCCAGAUCAACCCACCUUCAAUUUCACAGCAGGCAGGAGGACGAGUAGGCGAGGUGGUGGUUCCUAUGCACCAGCUGGGCUGA